AGAAUUAUCCUCGUUAAUAUUCGCCAUGCCUUCUGCAAAGAAUCCGGAUUUCGAAGUUCCCCAGGUAGACGCCUUCGCAGCGCUGCUGAAGGAUACCCUAAGCCAUGCGCAAUCUAUUAAAACGAGCAGAUCAAUCGAGCCUCCUCUGACACAAGUUGAUUUUGUCAGCCAACUUGCACAAGUUCCCGCCAUAUUCCCAUCGGAGAAGGAGAAGGAGAAGGCUCGCCAGAAUGCCGCAAUAGAAAUAGCUACACGAAAUACGUUUAGCAGCUUAGUUGCUGGAACUUCAAUCGAUUCACCCGAGUUCGUCCAAGUCUGGAACCUCUUCGACUUCUUGUCGGUCUUGUCCGAUAACGAUCAAUGUGACCCUGCCCUCCUUUUCUGGCUCGUGGAAGAACUUCUCGACAGCCAGACGACAGAAAAAUGUCGCCAGAUCUUCGAUUACCUCGAAUCACGACGAGAGCAAAUAAUAAUACACAACCUUAUUGCGAAGAAGCUGGUCAUCCUACGAUUCUGCAAUGAUCUUCUACGUCGCCUGUCUCGCGCUGAGGAUACAGCUUUCUGUGGUCGGGUUUUUAUCUUCAUGUUCCAGUGCUUCCCUCUGGGAGAUAGGAGCUCGGUCAACCUGCGCGGUGAAUACCACGUUGAGAAUGUCACCACAUUUGAAGACAUACCUACCCAGUCAAUCGAUCAGGCAGAUGGUAUGGUUAUAGAUACAGAAUCCGAUUCCGUUAAGGAUGGGAAGGGGGAAAACAAGUCUACAACCAAAGCUGUUUCGUUCGAUUCCAAAAACAAGCCAGCAGCCGAGAAGCCUCUCGAUACAGAUGCGCUUUAUCCCGUUUUCUGGUCACUUCAGCAAUACUUCAGCCAACCUACGGCAUUAUUCGAUUCGAUAGAGUUGGGCAAGUUCAAGGCUGGAUUAGAAGCAACUAUGUCUGCAUUCGAGACAGUUGAGAAGCUCCAGAGGAGCACGAAAGGCUCCGACGACAACAAGUUGAUACCUCAGAAAAGAAAGCAAUCGGAUGGGGAUGAUGAUCUUCGCAGCAGCACCAACAACCCAAAAUACCUUACAAGUAGAGAGCUCUUUGAACUAGAGAUAAGCGACCUAUACUUCAGACGUCACAUUCUCAUCCAAGCUUUUAUCAUACUAGACUUCCUCCUGUCGCUUACUCCCCGAGCCAGGACGAAGCUAGCCAAUAUCAAGACCCAGAACAGAUCCGUGGUAUACGGUGACCAAACGCUGGGUACCGACGAUAUGAACUGGGCAACGCAAAUGAAGAUCCGAAUCCAAAAUUACAUCCAGGCCGAGAAUGAUGGGUUUUUCUUCUUCCGCGUCCUUGAAAGCGUCAUCUCGAGAGAUAAGGGUUGGGUGCGUUGGAAGGUUGAGGCUUGUCCACCAAUCAAGAGAGAUCCAGUUUCUCCUAACGACUUCGUCGAGGCAAAAGCCAGCGCUAGACGUAUGGCGACAAACAAAAGAUUGCGAGCUGUGCCCAUGGGUUCGCUGUCAUUAGAGUUCUUGAAGGAAGAGGAGGAUGAAAAAGGGAUGGAGAAGUUAAAGGAUCCGGAGAGAUGGAAGCUUCCAGACCUGAGCGAGUUCAAAGACAAGAUUGCUGGAGACGAUCUCGAUCUCGAUUUUGCAAAGAACGACAAGGAAAGAUCUGAGAUCCUCGAAGCCAAAGCCAGUAAGACGUGGAGAGCCCUCAGAAUCGCCCGAAGAUCGAAACUUGCCGUCUUCGACAAGAUUGACGAUUGGCAAAAAAUCGACGUCAUUUUCCAAGAGCAGCCGAAGGCUACAGAUGAAGUUGAGGGGGCACAGGCGAACGGUCACUUUCCUGAAGACAGACGACCGAUCAUCAUAACAGGUCCAAACAAAGUUGGCAAAUCGACACUAGUCUCCAUGCUCUUAGAGAAGCACGAGAGUGUAUUUGGGAAAGUCAUCAAACACACCACGCGAAGUCCGAAGGAAGGAGAGGUCGAGGGCCAGGAUUACUACUUCGUCGAUUCCGAAGCGUUCUACACCAUAUUGAGCGGCCAGUAUUUCCUUGAGUUCACGGACCAAACCGGUAUCGGCUACGGGACGAACCUAACGGUGGUCGAGGCUAUACAAAAAUCUGGGAAGAUUCCCGUGAUCCAGCUUAAUCGUGGCGCUACCGAAACGAUCAAAGAUAACAGCUACGAUGCACGGAUCAUCUUCAUCGCACCCCCAAGCAUCGAAGAACUCGAAGCCCGACUCAGAAAGACGGAAGAUCUUACAGAGGAAGAUAUACAAACGGAGCUGAAAGCCGCACAGGAAGACCUGGAGCAGGUGAAAUCUGAAGGCUUCUGCGAUGCCGUUAUCACGAAUGGGGAGGUGGAGGAGGCGUAUAAAGCCCUCGAGGAGUUCUUGUACGGCGCCCCUAUUGAAACGAAUGGUGUCAAUGGUGAUGGGGCUGAGGGGGAUAUAGUGAUGGAGGGUAGUGAGGCGGCCCCGGAGGUGAUUACUGUGGAGUAAGCACGCAAUCCCGAUCGAAUUGCAGGAAGUACAUCGCACAGAUCGGCAGGCGUGGACGAUACUUCAAUUCAGGAGUCAUUAGUACACGGUCAGAUCUAAGUCUCAUCAGAUCAAAGAGACAGAAUCGCAGCCUUAACCCUGGGUCACCAUGGGGUUUUCAAUGUACCAUCACGAUAAUCGGGCUGGAAGGCAUGAAGUGCAAUAGUUGCUCGGGUUCGGAUCCAUAGGAGUGGAGUGUCGUUAUUUCGCAGUUGAGAUACCCAUCAUAUAAUGAAUGCCUCUGCUACAUCA